GAUCGUACCUUCAGGCUGAUGUACCAGACUUCUGUUCAUGGCGUCAAGUCGGUUAGUAUUCGGCCUCGAGGAGUCGACCCAAGCUUCUAGCUUUCUUUCACCAGCGGACGAGGGAAUGACAUCAUGGACCAUUGCUGCUGCGCCAUUACGCCCCUAAAUUUUCAAAGCUCCAUCCAGCUAUAAAAACUCACAGCCUACGAGGAAACCCUCCAACACCCACCAUCAUGACUUCUGCUACUCUCUUAUUUUUCACCCUUCUUUUCGUGCAGUCCGCCUUUGCCCAAAUCGUCACCCGAAGACGACAAUCAAGCGUAGGCCGAGUUAUCGCUGGCGUCGUUGUCGGAUGUGUCGCUCUCAUCGCUCUGACUAUAUUCUGUUGCUUCAUCAUGAUGCGUCGACGUCGUGCAAGUAGGCUGGCUGGUACAAACGCCACCACCGGGGGCUUCUCUGGAGUCGGUGGCAAACCUCUAUUCGGUGGGGGAAACAUCGGAUGGAGUCCAUUUAGGAAACACAACAACACGGGGGCUACUGGAACUGGACCUGGAUAUGGGAAUUCCCAUGGUUUACAGCAUGCAGGUCCCUAUGGUCCAUCCCAGGGAAACCCACAACAAGGGCCUUACGGCCAAGGUCAAUACCCCCCACCUCCCGAUUACAACAGUGGGAAACCUGAAGGUGGCUAUGGUCCGCCCCCUGGACCACCACCAGCUGCGCAUACUGCUGAUGGAGGAAAUAAUCACUUCAUUGGUGGUUUCCGAAAGUGAUCGCUUCCCCUCUAAAAAAUACUUGCUGUAUCUUACGUUCACGAUGUAACCCUACUGGACAGUUCUUUCUUCAUGAUACAAACACGAUUCACCACGAGCUUUGAUCCAUAAUUUAGGUUUACCUUAGAAAUAUAUCCAAGUAAUUCUU